GAGACAUAAAAUCCUUGGGAAACAUCAGCUAAGGACACAAGGAGACGAGGAGACAAGGACACAGGAGGAAAGUCAAGGACAAGUGAUUUCUUUUUAGCAGUCAGCGGUAUCGAAAUGUAAAAUUAGAAGAAGAAAAAGUGGAGAAUCAACAGGAGAAGAGCAGAACAGGAGGAGCUGAUCUCCGGUCAGGACUUAUCAGGUCCAGGUCCUGGACCUUGAACUCCACUACAGGAGCCUCGCCUUCUCACAGCCCACCUUUGACCACAUUCUACUGUCUCCUCCACCUUCACUUCCUCCUACAGGACGUUAGAGCUGCUGCUGCUGCUGCUCAUCUGCUGAAGGAACCUGAAGAUGGCAGCCUUUGACCUCAGAUAAUUGAAAGAAACAUUUUCUUCCAGACCACCAAGACAAACUUUUUUUUGUGACUGUUUUCCUUCAGAGACUUUUGUUUUAAUUUAUUAAAUAAAAAAAUAAAAAAACAGAGACGAUGGCGUCGUACGCUCCUGCUUCAACUCAGGAAGAAUCAAACGGUGGCGCUCCAAACGGAAACUCCAAAACAGCUGAGUCCAUGAAGCUGAAGAAAGAAAUCUCCCUCCUGAACGGUGUCUGCCUCAUCGUGGGGAACAUGAUUGGAUCUGGGAUCUUUGUUUCCCCCAAGGGUGUCCUCAUCCACAGCGCCUCCUAUGGUCUGUCCCUGGUGGUGUGGACCGUCGGUGGCAUCUUCUCCGUGUUUGGAGCGCUGUGCUACGCCGAGCUGGGCACCACCAUCACCAAGUCCGGAGCCUCCUACGCCUACAUCCUGGAGGCCUUUGGCGGCUUUCUGGCCUUCAUCCGCCUGUGGACGUCACUGCUCAUCAUCGAACCCACCAGCCAGGCCAUCAUCGCCAUCACCUUCUCCAACUACAUGGUGCAGCCCGUCUUCCCCACCUGCAUUGCACCGUACCUGGCCAACCGGCUGCUGGCUGCUGCCUGUAUCUGUUUGCUAACCUUCGUGAACUGUGCCUAUGUGAAGUGGGGAACCCGGGUGCAGGACUUCUUCACCUACGCCAAAGUCAUUGCCCUCAUCGCCGUCAUUAUCACCGGCCUGUUGAAGAUUGGACAAGGUCACACUCAGAACUUCGAGGGCCUCUUUGAAGGCUCCUCUCAGGACCCUGGAGACAUUGCUCUGGCCCUGUACUCUGCUCUGUUCUCCUACUCCGGCUGGGACACUCUCAACUUUGUCACCGAGGAGAUUAAAAACCCAGAGAGGAACCUGCCUAUGGCCAUAGCCAUCUCCAUGCCCAUUGUAACUGUGAUCUACAUUCUGACCAACGUGGCCUACUACACCGUGCUCCCCAUCAACGCCAUCUUAGACAGUGAUGCCGUCGCUGUGACCUUUGCAGACCAGGUGUUUGGUGUGAUGAACUGGACCAUUCCCUUGGCGGUGGCGCUGUCCUGUUUCGGCGGACUGAACGCCUCCAUCCUGGCGGCCUCGAGGUUGUUUUUCGUGGGCUGAAGAGAAGGUCACCUCCCCGACUACCUGUGCAUGAUCCACGUGCACCGCUACACACCCAUCCCUGCCCUGCUCUUCAAUGGCGUCAUGGCUCUUAUCUACUUGUGUGUAGAAGAUGUCUUCAGGUUGAUCAACUACUACAGUUUCAGCUACUGGCUCUUUGUGGGUCUGUCCAUUUUUGGGCAACUGUAUCUGCGGUGGAAGCAGCCGGACAGGAAGAGACCACUGAAGCUCAGUCUCUUCUACCCCAUCGUUUUCUGCAUCCUCACCGUCUUCCUGGUGGUGGUUCCGCUCUACAGCGACACCAUCAACUCCCUGAUCGGCAUUGGGAUUGCCUUGUCAGGGGUUCCCGUCUACUUCCUCUGCUGCUAUACUCCUGCCCACAAGAGGCCACUGUGGCUCCGGCGCUUCAUUGCCAAAUCUGGAAUCCUCAUUCAGAAAGUUUGCUUCUCCGUUCUCACUGAAAUGGACGAGGACGAGGACGAGGACAAGGAGGAGUAGGUUUCUGUUUCGUAAUCACGUCACAUCUUGCCGUAGACCAACAACGCACAAACGGGAGGCUCAACAUGAACUCAUCACGGCCACUCAUUUCCUGCUGCGCUGACCCUGAGGGAACGAACACUUGAGCAGCAGCAGCACGACGGACCUGUCACACAUCACCCGGUGAUCAUGUAACCAGACAGUUAGACGGCAACUGGGUGAUUGAUGGAGAGAAAUCUGAAGGAAAAUCACUUCCUGUCAGGACAGAUGAAUUCAGGUUAAAGCCAGAGCCGGACUGUUGAACCUAUGACAGUUUGACCAACAGAUCUCGUCUAAGUAAAGGGCUUUUUAUAUUUGCAAAUAAUGAGGUUUAAUAAAGCUGCGACACAUGUGAGCAGGUGCUGCAUAUUUAUAAGAAAAAAAUAAAAAGUUCUUGUCCUCAA